AUGACUGUGAACAACCAGAAUGCUGGUCCUUCCACUCGCGCAGAGUCUGUCGAAAGACGCGGGCCUACGCACGGCGAGGAGGAAGAGUCAGACUUCUCAGCAGACUCGUCGUCAUACCUAUCCGGCUCGCCCGAGCCAAGCCCAGCAAUCAUAGACGAACAGUUCCUUCCGCGCCUGGUGUCAGUUGCCUUUUGCAUCUUCCAUGCAUCAGAGGGUCCCAAGGUCGUCUACCAAGUGCCAGAAGGCUCGUUGGUAGCCCAUGCCGCAGCUCCCGGACCCCCUGGCACCCGCGCCAGAAAGGUCACAGACAUUACUCCCCCGCCUCUUGUGGACUGGAACACCAUCGCAGACUUUAUCAUCCCGAAAGAGCCGCUCUGUGGUCGACUGGUCACGUGUACCGCGAGAGCACUCAAUCGUGGUCGCCUACGAUCAGAGGCUGCUCAGCUCGCUGCAGCGAAGCAUCAGCGGUCGAGGUGUCGCUCAUCGUCGCGAGCGGAUGUCGAGCGCCAAGCCAGGAAAGAUUUGCUGUCCGGCACUGCCCAAAGCCGCUCGGCGUCCAGAGACUCUCUGCGGCGUAAUGAAAGCAUCGACAACGGCUCCCUCUCGAACGAGAUAGAUGGUAUGGACAUGGAUGCGUACCACCCAGGAACCAGCACAAGUUCCACCUUCAAGGUCCUCUCCCACCCCACGCUCAUAACCGACGAAGUUAAAUACUCCCGCAACACUUUCCUCUUCAACGUUGCCUUCCUCUUCGAUGGCACUGCAGAUGUUCGAGCCUACGAACCAGUGGUGCGCAAAUGCGUGCGCCAGCUCAAGACGCUCGAGGUGAGUAGCUGCACUUGCAUAUCUGGCAUUAUGCACUUCAAUCGACGCUGACGUGGCACGCGAUGCGCAGCAAACAAAUUCGUUCUUGUCUUCUCCAGUGUCGCAGACGCGGAUGUAUGGCAUCAUCGAGCAGCUAUACGAAGAUCUCAACUCUUAUUGUGAGACCUUCAUAGCUCUUCCCGAUGCUCCACACUCUCGUUUCCUGCAUGGUAUCACAAGCCCUGACGGCAAGGAAAGUGCCCUGCCUGACGCCACUGCGCGAUAUAGUCUGAGCAGUUGGGGUCCUUCAAACCCAUUGCAGCCAGCGGAACGUGCGCAGCUUGAAGCAGCUCUUGCCAGCAGACGUAGAAGCAGUGGGGCCCACAGUGCCGGAAGCAGCAAUGGCAUUCGCAUGGUCCAAGCUUCGCCUUCCAGUAACUCUCUGGCUCCUCCACAAUUUGCGCGCAGCUCAACAGAUGCUGCAUUCGAGCCAGCCGCGCCAGGGCAGUCUCUCGAGGCUCAAUCGGGCCUGCAGCGCCCCUCUGGCCCAAGGAGAUCGAAGACGAGCGUGUCAGCCUCUCCAGCUGUGCGGCGGGACUCUUUGGCGACCUCUGCGCUAGCCUCGUCCUCCUCUAGUUCCGGCUCAGAGGGAGAUCUCAGUGAGAUGGCUUCCAGUAUGCACCGGCCGUCCGUGGGCAGAGCGCUGAGCAACAGGUCAAAAGGCUCCUCGGAGCUGGGCUACAACGCAAGGCCUGUCGUCGGCCGAAGCAAGACUCAGGCAGCUGUCGGUUUGACUAGUGCGGUGGUCAGCACAUUGACCGGACCCGAGUCUGAUGCGAAAGGUGUCCCACCAGCUGCUUCUGCUCCGAUGCUGCGUGCCAAAAGCGAUGACAUUUCCAAACAGCUGCCGCAGCAUACAGAUUCCAGACUUUAUGCCGCCGGCAUCGCUCAAAACUUCACAAUUGCUAGCGGCUCCUCUGCUGCACUUUCUCCUGCUGCUGAUGCCGUUCAGACGUCUCUACAGGGGAGGCAAGCUCUCAGCAAUUCUAGCCACGCUCGUGAAGCGGGCGCCGCGCCCCUGAAGGUCCCGACAACUCCUCACUCUGCUCGCUCAGUGCCUACAAUACCAUUACCACUGUCGAUCAGCGUAGGCGCUGUGGCACCUGCACACAUCCUAGGGCCCGGAAAGAGAGAAGCUCCACAUGGUCUCGGACGGACAGUAAGAGACGCAAUUAACUUGAAGCUCUUUCCCACCUAUGCGAACCCUCCUCCCGUCUACGAGUGGCAGGUCCCUCUCGCGUUGAUAGAUCUUGCGCGCUACGCAGACGCGAACUGGGACCUUACCAUGGCCAAAGUGAGUAUUCGCCCCGAAGUGCAACCGCAUGUCUUUCGGACCACUAAACACCACGGCGCUUCUACAGAUCUUUCCUUUCAUUGAUGGCAUCAACCACGUCAAGCGCAUCUCGCAGCUCGCAGAUGCGGACAUAGAUUUGGCCAUUUCCUGCAUGGAGCAUCUGCUGUGAGUGACGUAGCUGAGCGUUGGCAGUCUCGAAGGCUCACGUGUUCGCAGCCUUGCGCACACAGCUACUAUGGCUGCAUCAUAAUGAUCGACAUCUUCCAAUUCUUCAACAUGUACACUACGAGGCCCCUCAUCGCAACGAUGGCAACGGACGAGUCCAUCAUUGCAGAGUGUCCUCUGUACGUGAUGCUUCCUGGGAGACCACUUCAAAGCUGGCCGAGACUCUUGUCGCUCUAUUCGGCUCUGAAACCUGGCGUGACUCUGCACGAGUGGAUCGAAGAGAACGACGUCGACGACCUAGGCAUUGACGUUCGACGCUUCGUUUCCUUUGGCAUCAUCAAGGGCUUUCUUCGCCGCGUCCACAGAUAUCCGGUGCUACUCUCACCAUCGAUGAUACGUCUGGAAGACGUAGCAAUCUCGACGAAUGAUGCGCACGCGAAAGUCAACAACUUGGCUAGUCGAUCAUCGGACAAUCCACAGCGCAAGCAAACACCCAGCCCUCUAAGUCUCGCACGAGACACCAGCCCAGCGGAAGAGAGGUUCCCUGUCUCAGCCGGGCUUGACUACCAAACCGGAAAUGCACUCCGAUCUUCGCAGCACCACAAUCGCGUCGCGCGACGUGACUCUUCAACGGGUGAAGCGCCGCAGCGCACUGCGCCUAGAGCCUCACCAACUCGAAGAUUAGCUGCCGCACGCAGACAGAAUCCGUAUCGGCACACUGCAGCAACGGUGAUCGAAGUGGCCAGUGUAGCUCUGGACCUGGGACCAGAAGGAGAGAGCGCACGAGAAGGAAGUCACCGUCGACGGCCUCUGCAGUCUCCCUUGCGCUCUCGGGGAAGCAGCUCGAGCAUCGCCGCUUGGAACCGAGGGACGAGUCUGUCUCACAACGCAGGGGCCAGCGCAGCCUCGCACGGAGCUGAGACGGACGCGCAGCGCUCAACUUCCAGUACUUCGUCCGUCCCGCCUGACCUGCCAUCGCUGCUUGAUGCAACGCGCUCAGAGGAUGAGCUCUGCGUCCGGUAUGGUAUCCCGUGGUCCGAGCUGCACACUCUUUUGAUGCGCGUGGGUCAUGCGCCUGUAGCUUCUACCGAGGCAAACCAACGUGCACGUAGCGGAGAGAGAAGUACAGAUGUGGACACCUGGAGAGAGGAAGAUAUGCAGGCACGGGCUUCAGGUUUCGCUGGUGCCAGCGGCUGGACGGUCGGAGGAGCAAUGAGCGGCUUUGCAAGGAGGACUUCAUCAAGCAAUACCAUUCAGCAGCGCCCCACGUCACGCAGACAGAGUAACAAUCCAGAGUAUGCGGGCGCUACGCCGAGUGCGGGUCCGUAUUCUGCAUACUCGCGAUACGACCCGAACACGCCAAGGGCAGCCAAUACGGACACGUCUGGCCUACCCCGAAGCAGCACCUUCGAUUCUGCCAAAGGAUUAGCCAGUGUCAGUGCUUUUGAUCUGGCCGACGAUGCGAAGGUGGGCACAUUUAGCCUGGGACCUUCCCUGUCCGCGUGGGAUGGCCUGAACUUUCAAAGAUCCAUCAGAUCUGGCCGCGGGUCCCAAGCGGACUUUGAUCCUAGCGACUACGGCCGCGUCAAAAUUCUGUUGCAAUAG